UCGGGAGACAAAAUUUGACUGUAUAAUAGAGUUCACAUUUUUGAGAAUAUUAUUUGCGUUCAACUAAUUUUUGUUUCUAUAAGAACAAUUUUAACUUCAUAAAAUAUAUAGAACGUUGUAUUGUUUCUAAAUAUAUAUAUAUAUUUGGACAGUUUACCGGUGUGGGUAUUAUACCCGAAGACGCGAAGUAUGACAGGUUCGGCAAAAGAACUAUUUCCUAACAGAAGGAAAGCUGUGUUCUUUGUCAGUUUCGUGUUAACCUUCCAAGCAUUAACGGUCCUAGCUGAAGAUGCCAUGUCGUUGGAAGAUGAAUAUCUGUUACCUGUAGAGAAAAAGAACAGUCUGUUUGAUCUUUAUAACUCUCGCCAACAACUUCCAAACAUGGCGUCACAUGACGCGUUUUCGAGUAUGACGUCAAACGUGAACGAUAAUCUACCCUACGAUAUAAACAUGAUGGACAUAGAUAUUGCCAAUAAUCGACAGGAAAGAGCGGUUGAAGGAUGCGGUGAUGGCAUUGAUCAGUGCUCGGAUCCACUACUCAACAACUGCACCGGCCCUUUUGCAAGAUGCAUAGAGUUAGACUUCGGCUUCGAAUGUGGUUGUCAAGAGCCAUAUGAAUGGAAUACGAAAGCGUGGACUUGUGUUUGGAAAAUGUAUCCAUUUGGAAACGCGGCUAGUGCGUCAGCCAUAACAGGAGAUGACGUCACAGAGAGACUGGAAGUUAGCGCGGGAAUUCCAUUUUAUAGGAGAAAACAUACUAGGAUCUUUAUUGGCAGCAAUGGAGUUGUGAGUUUUGGGAGGAGGUACAACCCUAUAGUAAUGGAGUUCCCUCCUGACAGACGCAGUGUGUUGUGUCCCUACUGCGCUGACGUUGACGUCUCAGUGACAAACACUGGAAGCAUCACUUACCGUCUGUACGACAAGAAUGACGCUAACAACGACGCACAGGUCGGACAAGUUCUACAAAGAGCCAGUCGUGACGUCGAAACGUACACAAGAGCUGCAAGAUUCGCUGCGUCACAGGUUCUCAUUGUGACGUGGUACAAGGUUCCAAAGUAUGGAUCCGAUUUUCCCGAGAUAGAUUAUGUGACGUUUCAACUUGUGCUGGUCACUGACGGAGAAACGACAUACGCGAUGUACAUUUACAACGAGAUGAACUGGAUUCCAGAUUGGGACCCGAUUGUGAUCGGGUAUGGAGAGAACUGGAAUUCAAGAACGGUGUCUGUGUCAGGAACUAGAGGAGCCUACGGACGACGAAACAUUGGUGGAAGUAGAGGUCAAAGUGGAUUUUAUAUUUUCCGUGUCGGCUUCGUGGAGAGCUAUGCUCAGAAGUGCAGGAACUGGUUUGCAGGCCAAGUAAUGGAGUAUUACACCAACCGGUUCUAUUACGACGACUUGCCGGAUUGCCCGUGCACUGUUAGAAGAUUACGUUUUGAUCGGCGUUGGAGAAGAAUUUGGGGUGUUACGAGAAACAGACUUCGGUGUACAACACUUAACCUCAAUUGGAACUUUUAUCCCAUGGGAAAGAUGUGUUGUUACCGCAAUGGGAUUUUUGUGGAGAAUGGAGUCAAUGCAGGGUAUGCAUUCCGCUAUCACCAAUGGUACAGCUGGGCUGAGCACUAUGUAUCGGACACGUUGGGGAAAAACUAUUGUUGUGACAGGUCCAACUUCUGUCCACUGUUCCACACCAUACGACCGGCGGGACAAUGUUCGAGAACGUCCGUGUUUCGACAAGGAGGUGGAUUUGGUGAUCCGCACGUGGCUACUCUGGAUGGAAAAACGUUUAUCUUUAACGGCCAUGGGGAGUACAUCUUGAUUAACAUAGCAGAAGUUAACAUGACCUUUGACCUCCAGGCACGGACAGGCCAGGCGGAUAACGGCUAA